GAGAGGCUGGGGUUCCUCUCAAAGAGCAUUCACACGGAUGAAUGUAGACCUGUUCCUCCCACCGCAGGUCACAUAGUACAAGGCUCUGGCCUAAAUGAGGAAGGCCCACAAAACCCCAGAGCUUUCAAAUAUGGAGCCUCGGGCAGGUUACUUAUGUUUUCUCAUCUGUAGAAUGGAGACAAUAAGGGUGACUUUUAGGGUUGUAAACCCAAUAAAGCAUUAUUAUUGCCCAGAAGAAAAACAGGCAUGUAUGUGUUUGUCCCUCAGCAAAGAAUAAAGCUCAGACCAGUGUUUUUCUUGGCCCUGCGGGGUUUGGCUUUGGAGGAGUCAAUGCCCAGGGUUCACCUCCAGGUGCAAAACUGGAGGCACAAGAGAGCUGUCGGAAGAGGGGGGGACUUGGAGCCAGAUAUCUGGGUUCCAGCCACGAUUCUGGGGUGACCCGGGCACGGUGCUCCUGCAUAUCCAGACUGUACAAAGAGUGUUAAAAAGCAAGGAGCUGAUGCCUGGCCCUGCACCCAGGUCAGCUUUUCAGGAUCCGCUAGCAACUCCCGAACUCCCGGACCGGGCGCAGGGACCCUGACCGUCACUCCUGCGCGCCCAAUCACAAACGACGUUCCGCCUGUUCCCGCCUCCUAAGCGGGAGGACCCAAUCAACGCCGAGAGCGUGAGCCCCGCCCCGUCGUGGGUCGCCGCUGCGGCAGUAGUUGGUCUGCAGCUGCUGGAGCUGCGCCGGGGACCCGGGACCGGGUUCCGACCGGGCUGCCCGCGAUGUCGGUGGCCUUCGUCCCAGACUGGCUGAGAGGCAAGGCGCAAGUCAACCAGGAGACCAUCCAGCGGCUCCUGGAGGAGAAUGACCAGCUGAUCCGCUGUAUCGUCGAGUAUCAGAACAAAGGCCGGGCGAACGAGUGCGUCCAGUACCAGCAUGUGUUACACAGAAAUCUCAUUUAUUUGGCUACCAUUGCAGAUGCCAACCCAACCAGUCCUUCAAAAGUAAUGGAGUAAUCUGCCAGCUGGCUGUUGUGAGGAGUAAUUCAAUGGAGUCCAUUUCCGGUGAAACGGAGACAGGAUCUUUACCAACUCAACUUCUGAAGACAUGAAGGAAAUCUCUGUGGCUCAUCUAAAAGUGUGAAAAUGUGAAGAAGGCUACAAAAUUAACUGUAUUUCAGUGUAAAUAUUUAUUUUCAUAAGUAAGCAGAUUCCCUCAAUUAAGUUGCCUCCAGGCAUCCUCUUUCCUGAAAUAGGUGUGUUUGGAUAACAAAGAUCAUGGGCAUCUUCAAGUCUACCUUGUUAGUUUCAACCUGAAGAGGAAACAGCAGGUGCUUGGCGAUCAGGAGGAAUUGGUGAGACUCCCGACUGAGACCUAACAGCUGAACAUGUAACUGUGUUCUCCUUUCUACCAGUUUGUAGUUCUGGACCCCUUGACCGCUCUUUUCAGGUUGCUUUGAAAUAAACCUUACCUUUCCACAAAACACUGA